AUGGCAUGCGACGCGCGAAUGAUGGAUGCAGAUGCGCGAGCCGCCACUGUACAGACGAUCGCUGGCCAUAUGGAGGAUGCUCUCGAAAUUCAACGGGAGGUCACCGACGUAUCGGGUCUUUGUGUAUCAAAGCGAUGGGGAAAUUACGUCACAUGUUUAUAUGUGUUUAUUAAGAUGCUGUAUUUAGGAAACGUUGUAUUACAAGUUUUUAUCUUGAACAGUUUUCUGGGUACGGAUAAUUUGUUUUAUGGCUUCCACAUCUUAAAAGAUCUCCUUAACGGUCGAGAAUGGGAGGUCAGCGGUAAUUUUCCCCGCGUGACAAUGUGCGAUUUCGAGGUACGUGUUCUGGGAAAUGUACAUCAUCACACUGUGCAAUGUGUGCUCAUGAUUAAUAUGUUCAACGAAAAGAUAUUUUUAUUUUUAUGGUUUUGGUAUUUUAUGGUGUCUAUAGUAUCGAUCACCUCUAUGUUACAUUGGAUACUCAUUUCGUUUCUGCCUGGGCAGCAUAUGAAGUUCAUCCGCAAAUAUUUGCGAGCGACAGACCUCGCAACCGAUCGGCAGUCGGUCAAGAAAUUUGUCCAUAAAUUUCUCGGCUUCGAUGGGGUGUUUUGUAUGCGGAUGAUAUCAGCUCAUGCCGGCGACAUAAUGGCUACCGAGCUGAUCGUGGCCCUCUGGCACAACUUCAACGAUCGGGUUCGAAAGAGCCCAAUCGAGAUGUUUGAAGGCGGCGUGACGCAGUCGCCCAGCAAGCUAGACGCGAACUUCAAGACGUGGUUGCUCGGCCAGACUAGGUAUGUGGCUUGUCGAACUUGCUCUGUGCCUCACUUGCUUGCUUCCUUCGCUUGA